AUGCCGACCAGCCUCAGCGACGUAUCAUAUCUGACGGAAGUUUCCGACGGACACGACGGUGCGGAGAAGGUCAAUGUUACCUUGCAAUUACCAUCGUCAUUCAACACCAUUCCCGGUGCCAGAAUAGGAGAGCUGGAAAGGAACAUCGACCAAGACGUGUCGACGCAGGCAGUAACAACCCUUAAUGCCAGGGUACCAGACAACGCCACGCAUGACCAGCAAACAUCGGCCGACGACCGGAUUACAACCUUCGCUGACAACAUCUCAUUCAAAGUGACCUGCAACAUGGGCCAGGAAGCAGUCCUCUCAAUGGAUAACAUGUGGUUAAACGUUGGCACCGUCAUGCUCGAUCUGGAAAAAGGCAUAUAUCAAAUGUCGACAGAUUGGGGGGAGGAAAUUCCCAGUGACGACGACAUAAUUGUUUGGAUGCAUGUGGACAUCUUCGAUCCGAAUCCAAAAUUAGUGCACACGACGCUCAUACGAAACAUGUUCCAGCUGAUUGUAUUCAAUUCGAAAUGCAAUGGCCGCAGGUACACCAAGGGUGGCAGUGUCUUGGCGAUGCGUGCGGGACAAAGAAGUAUGAAGCUUGCGAAUGUGAGCAUAUAUGCGAUCAAUCGACGGGAUGUCAAGCGGAAGGUGGGAGGUCGUUUGUAA